GAUGGAGCCAUUGGGUUACCUGCUCCAGCAAGAGGAUUAUUAAAGGGCCAGUAGACCUUAAAAGCGCUGCGCUGUUUUACUAACGACCAUUAUUUCUUGCGUAGUAGGCGUUUGAAAUUAAGCGAGGCGAUUGAAACGAAUGAGUGGAGGGCAUACGAGCAACUGCUGUCAUUGGCGUGCGUCGGUCUUUUUUUUUUUACCGCAGUACGUCUGCAGCAUCAUCUGAGAGGCAGAGUCGCUGCUGUGGCGCAGCAUAAGGCACCGUCAUCGCAUCAAGGACGCAUCUGUUGGGGCUUUUUUGUUUUCUCUGCUGGAUGAUGGAUUCGGUUGCGCGCCUCCAAGAUGAUCUACAGCGCGACCGGGAAUACUUUCUUAGGUGCAAAGGCUGAUUAGAUAGCUGAAAUUCCACGUUUUCCAUCGUCGGAGAGGACGUCACCCCCCACCCCCCUCCCUACUCCCUGGAGGAGACUUUUAAAUUGACGUUAGUAGGCGAUCGGAUUUAAAUCAAUGUCUUAAUAUAUUUGUUUGUUUCGUACAAAGCAGCCGGCAUAUGUUGUAAAGUGAUAAUACUGUAUUUCCAUAUUUCCAUUUGCCUGUACGUAAUGCAUAGACAGUUGGUUGCAUGUACACGUUCAUACGAAUACUUUCAUGUUUGUCGUUUGACAACACUCGAGAUGAUUGCGUCUAUUUCCACACCGCUGUAAUGAUGGUCAGUGGUAACAACCUCAGGGAUAAAGGUAAUAGAAUCUCAAGGUGAAAUACCGGACACGGGACACUGUGAGUCAUCGCGCGAAUUGUAAUGAUACACGUGCUUCUUUUUGCACAUAAAAGCAAACGUGUCAACUUCAGCGCAGCUUAUGUUGUCUGCAGCAAUAAUUUGUCGCAUUAAAUAUUAUAAUCAGCAUGAAAGAGUCGACCUUAGCCAAAGAAGUACAACAGCGUAUCAUCUGUGUAUAUUCGCUUUAAAAAACGGCCUGCGGGUGGAUAUAUUUAUCACAUUACAAUGCACGUGUAGCUGCUAGAGUGCACUUUAUUGACGUUGCUUUUUUUUUUUUGUUAAAAACGAGCAAUAUUCUUCAAAUAGAAAGCAGUAUUAAUCUUCUCAAUAACUGUUGAACCGAAACCUACAAGUAACUAGAUAGAUAUAUCUUGAGAUCCGUCUUUCCAAUAAAAAGCUACACACAGUCUGUGGCAUGACUCCUAUACACGUCCUGCUCCUUUUCCUCUCCGGCACAUUAUUUGUGCACCAGUGCAACGGAGCAUGUGCGGAGCCCGACUCGGACACAGAGGCGGUGGUGGGCCGAGGCUUUAAACUGGGCUGCAUCUCCUGCAAGAGAAGGAGUGAGGUCAAAGCCAGCGCCACUGUUGAAUGGUACUUCAAGGCCAAAGGAGAGGUGGACUUUGUGCAGAUCUACACCUUCGGUGAGAUGGGCCCCACGAUUGAAAACGAACACUUCAUGGACCGUCUGGAUUGGAACGGGAGCAAGCGGAGCAACGACAUCCAAGAUGCGUCCAUCUAUAUUCUCAACGUCACCUUUAAUGACUCGGGAACAUACCGUUGCUUCUUCAACCGCAUCCUGACCUAUGAAAACUACGAAUUCACCACCGUUGUCAGCAAAGUGGUCUACCUCACAGUGGUGGAUAAAGCCACCAGAGGUACAGCCUCCAUCGUGUCCGAAGUCAUGAUGUACGUGUCCAUCAUCGGCCUGCAGGUGUGGCUCCUCAUCGAGAUGAUCUACUGCUACAGGAAAAUAGCGGCGGCCGGGGAGGAAGCGCUAAGAGAAGCCGCGAAUGCUGAAUAUUUAGCGAUAGCUUCCGAAAGUAAAGACAACUGUGCAGGGGCGCAGGUUGGAGAAUAGCCAAGGCUUCCAUUUUGGAGUCCAAUACACACCGCCAACUGCAUGACAACUUGCGGAAAAAAGACGUCUUCAUCUCAAGUCUUCUUUUUGAUCUUUUCCUUUCCUUGAUCUUGACCUAAAAAAUGAAGCACAGAGAGACCUUGGUACCAGCACUGUUGAAAUACUGUAGUUUGCGACGCACACAAGCAAAGCAGCACUUGGAUGAGAAACCCAUUAUGCAUGAAUGAGCCAUUGUUUCGAGUCAUACAAAAAGUACUAUGGAGACCUCAUACAGUAUGUAUUUAGAUAAGAGACGCAACACAGCGGAAGCCCGAAGGACUCUGUGGUUGAAUAAAAAUAAUCUUGAUUUGAACAGACAAAAGUGUGACAAACUCCAGGCAUUUUCGCAAGAAAAGGGGUCUGCAUUCUCUGUCGUUGGAUGGUCUGACCCCGAAACAGUAACUUAAAAGGUACAAAAUGGAGGCCUCGAAACUCUGAGGAAAAUGAGGGAAGCACCUUUUGGAGUUGGAAAGAUGGCUCCCAAAAAACAACAUAAGCACAGGACACUUUCAAAUAGUUUAAGACAUCUGAUCCAACAUAUCAGCAGCACUGUGGGUUCGGGCUUCACUAAGCAACUCGGCGGACACGUCUUCAUUCAAGAACAAACCGGACUAUUGCAUUCAUACAACUAUCAUCCUAUGGUUCACCCUUGAUGGCCGUACCACAUUUAAGGCUACUCUAUACCCCCUCCAUUCUCCCCCAAGAGCUUCUUGGCAACGUACUGGGCCUCCUCCACAAGUCUACAACGGAACAAAGUUGCUUGAAGUGCUCUCUGUGAAACCAACCUGUAUUUUCACAUCAUAUCGAACUCAUUGAGAAUCAUCACAAAGCAAUGUUUGAGCUGGCAUAAUUCUGUCAACUGCUUAGAGUUAGCAUGAGUCAAACCUUUAUCAACCAGAGACUAAUAAAGAUUAGUGACACUCACCAAA